AUGUUCAAGGUAAGGCUCGAGGACCAAAGUCGCGCGAGAUGGACCGACACCACUCUCUCCGCGUCUCACCGCGGCAUUCACCUUGCAAGCCUUUGCUAGUUGUUUCUCAAACAACCAAGCAGAGUCCCUCCAUCCCCAUCCUCCCCUCCCCCACCCACUCUCUGUGGCCGAAGCUCUUGGCUGAGCUCGACGUGGAGGUGGUGCUUGGCGAAAGCUUGGUGAGUGUGGAAAAGGCGGUGUUUGGAAUUCGGCGAGAUUUCGUCGGUUUUCGCCGCCCGUCUGGGGCCCCGCUUCCCGGGGCGUACAGGCAAACCAAGGGGUAGAGCGGUCCAGGAAGACCGUCCCACCAUGCGCCGGACAGAGUCCAUGGUCCAGGCCACCUUUCCGCCGCUCAAAUCCUCGUCCUCCGCCCCUCACCCCCGCCCGUUUCACGGAACACCGGCGGCUCGCGCUUCUCCCGCCCCGCUUCGCCUCGCCACCCGUUCGGGCCACGCCUUUCCGACCUCGCACGACGGCCUGGCAGCCAUGCAGGUGUGUGCGGCCGAGCCGUCACGUGGCGGGCGUCCCCGCCGUUCUCUUGCCCGCUUUGCCUCGGCGCCGGUCCUCGGCAUGGCCCUCGCUCGUCCGGACUCGCCGCUUGGCUUUGUCCGGGCCGCAUCGUCGGCGCCGGCGCUCGACCUUGAGCCGCGCCCGCCGGUCCUCUCGCGCAAGCGCGCUCUGUCCAACCCCUGGCUCGUCACCGGUGGGUGUGACGAUCCGGACGUCGAGGCAUCCAUGGCUGGCGACUGGGACUCGCCGUCGUCCGCCGCCCUCUGCUUCUGUCCGCCAGCCAAGAAGCACCGUGGCCUCACGCCGCCGCCGAUGCUGGCCAUGGAGGUCGCGCUGCCGCGGAUGACGCCCGCCGCCGAAGUCUCGCCGGCGUUCCGUCGGACUCCCACGCCGCCGUUCUCGCCGCCGUCGCUCGUUCACAAGCAUCUGCGGAGGCUUGUUCGUGAGGACGCCGCGCCGGUCUUUGAGUCGGCCGUCCCGCGUCACCGCGGCGCCCCGGCGAAGGCCACCGCGGCGUCGGCGCGUGCUCCGCCACUCGCCACCCGCUGCCCGACCUGGUGGAUGUGCUACGAGCUUGCGCUCCGCAUCCGCGACCUCGUCGGCUCGACCGACCAAGCCUUUGCCGCUGUCGUCAGGUCCUGGUCGCCUGUCCUUAACUCGUGGCUCACCGAGCAGCAGUCGCGGCUCAAGGCCCACACCCUCUCGCCGACCGAGAUCUCGUUGCUGGAGGAGCUGGAUCUCAUUGACAGUGAAUGCGAAUGAGUUGCCCUGA